AUGGAGGGCAGCACUAACCAGGAUGCGAGGUGGCAAGAGGUCUCCCUUGGUGCAGGCGCAUGGCCAGCGCCACGCCACGGCCACUCGGCAGUGGUGUGCCACCACAGUCCUGGCGGAGGCCCCGCCCUGUGCGUCUACGGCGGCUUCGGCGACGACGGUCGCCCCCUCGACGACCUCUUCCUCUUUGCCUUCCUGAAGGGCGAGUGGCGCGCGGUGAAGAAGGCCAAGGCGACGCCUGUGGGCCGUCACUCGCACACGGCAGUCGUCUGGCGCGACUCCAUGUUCGUGUUUGGCGGCGCCACGGCCGAUCCCACCGGUGUGCCCUCCGGCCAGCUGCUGGAGUUCAACUUCCGCGGCUUGGUCGGAGGUGAAGACCAAGGGCGACCAACCAAAGCCUCGCUGGGGCCACUCGGCCGUGCUUGUCGUCGCUCCGCAGCACCAGCAGCAAGCGCCGCCACGGACGGGGAGGAGGACGGCGCGAGCAUGUGGGUGUUUGGCGGAUUCACCACGACAGGCGUCGAUAACGAUCUCUUCUGCUUUCACUUCCGCACGAAGACGUGGGAGCGGGUGAGCGCCGCCGGCGAUGGAGCGGUGGAGGGACCAUCCGCGAGGCACUUGCACUCGGCCGUGGUGAGUCCCGACGGGGAAAGCAUGGUCGUGGUGGGCGGCUUCAGCGGGUCCGGGUCGGUCAAUUUCGCCGACGCCUGGAGCUUCCACUUCGGCACAAGGAAGUGGCGCGAGCUGGAGGUGCCGGCCAGUUUCGCCGGGAGGCGCGGGCACAGGGCUGCAGUCGUUGAGCCAAGCACCGGCGGUGGCGUGAUGGUGGUGCACGGUGGACGCGACAAGGCCGGUCCUCUCGCCGACCUGCACCUCUUCCGUUUCAACUCUCUCACUUUGCUCGAGCACAAGUGA